AUGGCCAGCGCCUUUACACUGUGCGAGUCAGCAUUACCCAAAACACAGAGCGCGAGCAAUACACGACCUCACCGUCCGCUGUCCACAGCACAACUCCUCCGCGCGAUCAGUGUUCUUGGUUGGUGUGGAGAGCCAGCAGAGGGUGUGUUACUCCGGCCCCCACCGGAACCUGAUCCUGAUAAUCCGGAUGACUGGAUGAAGCAAGUCAUGCAAGAGAUACGAAAGCGUUGCCCGGGAAGGAGGCAACCCAGUACUCCAGCUGCUGCAGAGUGUUCCAGUCCGAUACCCCUUGGUAUGGAGGACGGGACAAUCCACGAUGAUCGCAUCACGGCGUCCACUGCUUACGACAACUACCCUGCGAUAUUGUUAUUUCAUUGUUCCUCAUCCUCUCUUCCCUCUGUGUACAGUAACGAUGCCAAUCCCUGGAUCGAGGUGAACCUCGUUGAGCCUACAGUGGUGAGCGGGGUCAUCACACAAGGCCACCACUAUCAAGAUGUGAAGAAGUACAAGGUGGCGUACAAGAAGCAGCCCUCAUCUGACUAUGAACACGUAACAGAUGGAAACGGAAAUAUCAAGGUGUUCAUCGGUAACACUGAUGGCCAAACCCCGGUCACUAACCUGUUUGCUGAGAGUGUGGUCGCCACGGUAGUCCGCAUUGAGCUUAUUGAACGGUAUGUGCAUGCUGCUCUGCGAUUGGAGCUGCUUGGAUGUCGCCGUGAUUAAUUCAGCUGAAGCAUUCAGGUUAUUGUGUUCGACAGCGCUGACAUUUCAUUCAAUGCAAAAGAAAUUCGACAACUAUAUUGAA